AGGGGCAGCGCGGCGCCGAGCGAGCGGAGGCGAGGUCCCGAGCGGGCGCGGCGGCGCGGGGCGCAGGGGCGGCGCGGCCGGGCGGCGGGCGGGGCGGGUGAGCGGAGAGCGCCAAGGGGCGAGGCCCGGCUGCAGGGGCCGCUCGGCCCAGGAGGAGUCCGCGCCCCGCGCAGCCUUGAAGCCUCGCUCCCUGAGCAUCUUCCCGGAGGAACGGAGACAAAGAAGGAUUCAUGUCCAAAGGGCUCCCAGAGACCAGGACGGACGCAGCCAUGUCAGAGCUGGUGCCUGAGCCCAGGCCUAAGCCGGCAGUGCCCAUGAAGCCUGUCAGCAUCAACUCCAACCUGCUGGGCUACAUUGGCAUCGACACCAUCAUCGAGCAGAUGCGCAAGAAGACCAUGAAGACUGGUUUCGACUUCAACAUCAUGGUCGUUGGUCAGAGUGGGCUGGGCAAAUCAACACUGGUCAACACACUCUUUAAAUCUCAAGUGAGCCGCAAGGCCUCCAGUUGGAACCGGGAAGAGAAGAUUCCCAAGACAGUGGAGAUCAAAGCUAUCGGGCACGUGAUAGAGGAAGGCGGUGUCAAAAUGAAGCUGACCGUCAUCGACACCCCGGGCUUUGGAGACCAGAUUAACAAUGAAAACUGCUGGGAGCCCAUUGAGAAGUACAUCAAUGAACAGUACGAGAAGUUCCUGAAGGAGGAGGUGAACAUUGCCAGGAAGAAACGCAUCCCUGACACUCGCGUCCACUGCUGCCUCUACUUCAUCUCCCCCACAGGACACUCCUUGCGACCUCUUGAUCUGGAGUUCAUGAAACACCUCAGCAAAGUUGUGAACAUCAUCCCUGUCAUUGCUAAGGCUGACACCAUGACCCUGGAGGAGAAGUCUGAAUUCAAGCAAAGGGUUCGCAAGGAGCUUGAAGUAAAUGGCAUUGAAUUCUACCCCCAGAAGGAAUUUGAUGAGGAUUUGGAGGACAAGACGGAGAAUGACAAAAUCCGGCAGGAGAGCAUGCCUUUCGCUGUGGUGGGAAGUGACAAGGAGUACCAAGUGAAUGGCAAGCGAGUCCUUGGCAGAAAAACACCCUGGGGGAUCAUUGAAGUGGAAAACCUCAACCACUGUGAGUUCGCCCUGCUUCGAGACUUUGUCAUCAGGACCCACCUCCAGGACCUCAAGGAAGUGACACACAACAUCCACUAUGAGACCUACAGGGCCAAGCGGCUCAAUGACAACGGAGGCCUCCCUCCGGGAGAAGGCCUCCUGGGCACUGUCCUUCCACCUGUGCCAGCCACCCCCUGCCCCACUGCUGAAUGAAGGCCAUUUCAAGCGCUGCUUCUCCCUCCAUUCCUCUCAGCUGUUAUUGCUGCAGGGCCAUGCCCUUUUUAGUGCUGUGCUUGUCCAGACCACCACCUCAGCCCCUCUGAGCCCUUAGCAGGUGGGAGGGGCCAGCUGCCUCUUUAGGACAGUUGCUUCCUCUGUUUAUCCAAACCACCCCUCUUCUCCCAGUGGAAUGGAGUUCGUGCCAGCACUGCCCUCCUCCAUCGUCUGUGUCAGCCGGUCCCAGCCCAUCUGUAGGCUGAAAGAACUCAUCAAGAGCUUCUUCUGCCCUUGCAAACCCAUACGAGCUACUUGUAACCAUCUCCAAGGGAAAUGGCAUUGCUCCCUCUCCAUUCAUCUGCAUGAGCUACUCUUGGCUUUCUUAAAGGGUCAAGAAAGCAACUUUUCUGCUUGUCAGAUUUGUUGACGUCAACUGUGUGAGCCCUGAUGUGGGACAAGGGUGUCUCCUUCAUUGCUUAUAGCUUAUUUAUAAGGAUGGGUCACUACAGAUGUGGGGGAGCAAGGGCUAGUGUCCCUUUUUAAAAAUCACCACUUGUGGCUGGCUCAGAGGGUGGUUUCACACCCCCCCCCCAUAAUGCAGCCACUUAGGAAGAGUGGUUUUCCUGAAGAAACAUUUCAGGAGUUGACUUUCUUAUCCUCAAACUUAAAAAAAGAACUAAACACAGACAAAAGACUCCAGAAACCCAUGAGAUGUGCACUCUAGGAAGAAAAACAUCCUUCUGUCCACUUAGCAAUAAGAAGGAUCUCUUCCCACCUACCCUGACUACUCCUACCCCACACCUCCACCCUGUUAAUGUGAGUAAUGAAUUUCCCUGGCCACAGUUGGUCACUGUAGGCUAGUAGAAAAUGCCCAAUGGAGGGCAAAGCCCCCUCAUCAGAUGCAUGAAUGUUUGCGAAUGUCGGCUGCCACUGCCCCACACACUGUGUCUUUAUGAAAUCCCCCCUUCCCCCCACCCCCCCGUCUCCACCUGGACACAACUUGCUUAAAGGCUGGUGACUUGUGGGCCAUUCAUCUACAACAAGUCUUGAUGGAGCAAGAAGCCCAAGCCUAGGGGAUGCAAGAACGACCCAUUUCUUAAAUGUUACCAGUCCCAGCCAACCUUUUGGUGACAUUAUGGUUAAAUUUCCCAAUUGAAAACAAGCCAACAGACACUCAAACUGGUUGUGUAAAUGUUGCUAGACUUUAUGUGUUGUACAACUAAACAUUGCUGUUUGAACAAUAACUGUUUGGCCUGUGUCUUA